UGCGACAGCUCUAUAUGAAGUAUGGCGCACCCGUUCGGGGAGGAAGAAAUGGCUUCUCUGAAGUCUUUGUGCGAAUUCUUCUGCCGGUGUCUGCUAAGAGGCCACUGGGAGCUGGCAAGGGCCUGCUUGCCCACAUUACAUAGGAGUCCUAAAGCGGGCGAAAUAGAGGACUUGGUGAGAGGUCUUGUUGCAGCUCCGCACUUUCUACAAUGCACUGACAAACACACUUCUCAGCAGGUGGCCUGGUUCUGGUUUAAUGCGCUGGAAACUUGGUUUGCAAAGGAAAGUCAGCUGCUGUUUAAUUUAAAAAAUGAAACUGCAUUUCUUCUGCUGCUGCAAGGGCUGCAAAAUCAAGUUCCCCAACAAACGAUGAAGGAUCUUUAUAGGUUAUUUUCAUCUAGUCGGUAUGAUAUAAAGGCAAACAGAAGGGACAUUUCCACUUCUUACCUUACUUCUGACACAGUAUCGUUGCUACGCGAGAACCUGUCUCAAAACCCUGAACUUUUACAAGCAGUGCUCAGCUUUCUACUAGUGGAUGACAAUCAUUCCACAUCAUUUGAAUAUAAUCAUCGUCUCCUAAAUAUCACUGUGGACUUCAUUUUAGACUUGUUGACAUCUCUUCAUGAACAUCACAGGACUGAGGAACCAUCUGACUAUUUAUUUUCUCAAACAGUGAAUCAGAUAUACAAGGUUUUAAGCACCAUGUGCUUUGAUUUGGAUCUCCAAGCAAGUGAGCUCAGCCAAUUAUGUUCUAAAGUUUUUAGAGCAUCCUGGAUUAAAGGACAUGUUUCAGAGGAGCAAGUUCAGGCAUCUCUGCUCAGGAAACAGAAUUCUGGUUUGGUUAGUCUGUAUGGCAGUGUCAUCAAUGAGAAAAUGAAGACAUGUUUUGCUGCACAGAUAUCUUCAGGAAAAGUUUCUGCUCAAGAGCUCACCGAUAAUGAAAAAGCAAUUAUUCAUUUCUUUUGCAACGCUCAGCAGUCAGCUUCAUGGAAGAAGGUCUUUUUCUACUCCCUCUCCACUGGAAAACACUUUUUGGAGCAAAUACUGCUUACUGCCUUGACUGUUCUAAAAGCAGAAGAUUUCUGCACUCUUGAUGAGCUGCUAUCAAAUGAGUUUAAGCCUUUGAGACGUCUUCUUGUUCUGCUGGGAUGGACACACCUCCACAGUAUAGAGUCUGCUAAAUCACUGUUGCACCGACUUCAUAAUGACACAGAAAUAUGCAGUGACUCCAUAUUAAAAGAGUUUUGUGAUGGGCUCUUGUUUCAAGUGGAGGUUGUAGAAUGGUGUAUAGAACAAAAAAGUCCCUGUGUUGCCAAGAAAGACAUUUUGCAUUACUUGAAUAGUCUGGACAGCCAUUCUGGUUUGUACAUUCUUCAUAAUCUGACUAAUCUGCCAAAGUUAAAUGAAGAUGAUAUCUUUAGACUUUUUCACAAAGGACUCUCAUCAGGAAAAAAUGAAGUUUCUGUAAAUCAGAGGGAAGCACAUGAUCUGGCACAACAACGCAGCAAUUUUCUGUUUCAGGCAUUUUGUGGAUUAAAGUAUGCAAUGUAUGCACUUUGUAUCCAUGCUAAUAAACAUGUUCAGUGCAGGAACUGCCAUGCCAAACAAAUGGAUGGAUCACUUGUGGAUGUAGAAUUUGUGAAAGAACCUGGCAAGGAGACAUGUUUCUCUCAAGACUCUUCAGAUCUUUUUGUACAAUAUUUCACGAAAUGCCAAUAUUAUUUAAGUCUACUGCCUUCUCAACUGAAGCUAGAACUUGUGGAGAACAUUUUCUCUUUAAUGUUUGCUUCACUGAAUGAUCUGGCUCCAGAGACUCCACUGCUUGAUGACUGUCCCAUGGAAGAAGUUAAAGAAGACCUGGGCAUGAAAGUUGGUAGACCUGGGAGCUUGGACAUCAAUAUUGAUAAGGGAGGGUUGGUGAUAUCAUCCCUCAAUAGCCCCCAACAUACCAGUGGCAACCUGAACAAUGGCAAUGUAACAGAUUGUUUUCAAGGAUCAUCAUUUUUUACUACAGAUAACAUUAACUACAUAGACCUGGAACACUUUACUACUGGACUGACUGGAUUUUUGGCUGAUGAAAUUGUAUUGGACACUUUCUUAAAAAUGUUGGGAGAACAAGUAGAACAAAUAAACAACUCUUUUCAGCCAAAUCUUUUCUCCUUAAACGAUGAGCAAAGCUUACUAAAAGGUAUAAGCGCACCAAUUACUUCCGAGGAAUUCAGCAGCAGAGUGGCUCAGCUAUCUAAAUAUAUUUUAGAAGCUCAGUGGAGAUACAACGUGAUCAUGAGCAACAGAAAUGCAGAGAGCAGUGCAAGUAACUUGUCUGUCAGGAAUUAUGUGGAUUGCCGCUGUGUUUUGCAGCAAAGAAGCAACCUGAUUCCCAUGAUGCUUUCUCCACCUGAAUCCCUGCUUAUUUCAUGUAUUUUAAGAAAAAAUUACAGUGAAGCGCAUCAGGUGGCACAAAUGUUUCAUCUUCAAUCUUACCCAAGCUAUGGUGCAUUAACAUUCAUGGAGCGUUAUCAAGAAGUCAUAGGAGAACUGGCAAAGGUGGAAAAAAAGAUUGAGAAUCAGAGUUCGGAGACUACCAUCAGAAAAACAAACAAUAGUCGCUCUACUUUACAAGCAAUAGGAAAUGCAGCAGCCGCAGGAAUGGUGUUCUAUUCUAUAUCUGAUGUAACGGACAAGCUAGUUGCUCUUGCAGAAUGUUCAGUACCGACAUUACAGGAUGAUGUCUGGAGCAGAAAUUCAUGCUUAGAAAAAACUGAUACAUGGAAAAAUUUAGUAGAAGAGUUGAGUCCAGCAGCUAUGGCAGCAUUUGAUUUGGCUUGUACUCAAUCCCAUCUUUGGAAAACAUGCAAACAGCUACUAGAGACAUCAGAGAGGCGCCUACUUACCAGCAUUGAAGCAAAGGGUCGGAGAGCAGAUAUAGUUAUGGAACAUUCUGAAGGUAUUAAAGGUUUCCAGGCUGUUCUUCAGCAAAUGAAUAAACUCCUAAACUACCCAAGUGUACUUCAGGCACAGAAUGAAUUAGAGGAGAAGCUAAGCAGCCUGUUCAAGUGUAGCAUCACAGAGAUUUUCCAUAGCUGUUAUUCAGUACUCCAAGAUGAUUACCUAGUUUGCCAUAUCGUCCUGGAUUAUGAACUGGAACAGAUUCUUCUCCAGCUAAAAUCUGUGAUCGAUUGCUUUGAGCUGAAAGGAAACAUUGUGCAGUCAUUGUUGGACCAGUUAACUAUGAAGCCCCAAGAAGUUCAGAUGAAUCCUGUUCGCAAGCAGAUGACUCUUCUUUUGGAAAAUUUAGAAAAGAGAGUACAAUCAUUAAACAUGGAAAGUGAUAUAUUUGAUCAUGUCCAUCGUUUUUUCAUAUACAUUGACACUCUGGCAAAGGUUAUUGUUCAAAGUAUAAAUUCAGACUUGGAAUCAGCAUUGGAUCUGAGGGUGGGAAAUCCUUUCAUUCUUCUCCGACAAAAACCUUCCCAGUUGAUCUCCUAUUUGGUGUUUGAACGUCAAGUCUCUCUUGAAAGGUUGUCAUUAAUACUGAAGAAAGAAAAUCUGCAACUGAAUGUUAUGCAAGUGAUUGUAGAUUACUGCUGUGAAGCUUUGUCUUUUAGCCAUCCCAGGAAACUGAAUAAAGAAAAGUCCCUUGCAUGCAGUCUUCAGCAAUUAAUGCAGCAAAGUCUGGAGAUAUGUUUUCCUGACAUUCACAUCACAGUUUCUACAUGUACUAAGGACUGCGAGGACAGCAUGCAGAGUAAGCCAAAUUCUCCUGCUUCUGACUACUGCCAAUACUCCCUCACAGCAUCAACCUUAAACUUUUUGAAAAGCAAAUCCAAUGUAACAGCAGUUCUAACAUGUUUAAGUGUUAUUAAAAGUCAGAAGCCACCCAAGUCAGGACUGUCAUGGAUGGAUUUAAGAAGCAGUAGAAAAGAAAGUCCUUUAGACAUGGACACUAUUUCUUUGGAAUGUGACUUGAUGCUUUCAGAGUUUCCAAUUUUUCAGAGGUAUAUUCAUUUAAUGUCUGCACCUUUUCGGGAGGAUCUUCAAGACCCCAGUUCGCCAAGUAGUCCUUUGUGUGGCAAGCCAUGUUGUGCCUUGGUUCUUUUAGGUCUUCAUGCCUCCUCUUCUGUUGCUGUAAUUGAAGCUUUUCAGGAAGCACUUUCAAAGAAGGAUUGGACAAAUGCAUUGCAGAUUAUGAAUCACUAUACUUGUAACAUUGAUGGUCUUGAGGAAGUCAGAGAUGCACUUCUUUGCUGUGCUGCUGCAGAAGAAACAAAUGGCUGGAGAUAUCUUUUUGCUGUUAACAAUGCCACACUGAGAGUGAGACUGGCUCUUAGUUUUUUGGACAAAUGGCCAUUGGAUUCUUGCAGGGAGUUACUGGCUUAUUGUUUAUGUGAAACUGAUAUUGAAGAAAAUCUUAAAAUGGAACUUAAAAAUAAAAGGAAAGAAGUGGAAGUGUAUAGAAAGAUUCUAUUCCUGAAAGAAGAUAUAGCUCAGUCAAGCCGGCAAGAUUUAAAGGAAGAUUGUAUCAAAGAUCCAGAAGCCAUAAUUCAACUCAUUUUAAAAACUAAGGAUUAUAAGUUAUGCGAAGAUUGGGGGCUUUUUUAUCCAAUUCCAAAGGAUCUUUUCAUAGAUGUUUACCUUGACCAUUUGCUACAUCUCCUAGACAACAAAGACACAGAAAGAUCUCUCCAGUUACUAAAAAGAAUCGAUGACAAGAAUAUACAGCUGGCUGUCAUUGAGCGGGCUCUACUGCAGAAUCCAUGCAUAUUUGCUAUACAUUUUUUGUCAGAGUACCUGGUACUACAUUUUAAAAACUACCUUCUGGAAAUACGUUGGCGUGAAAUAAGAAACCUAUACAUGGGAUCGAAGGUGUUGCUAGCACUUCCAGAGGCUGCACAAUCCACCUAUGCGGAUCUUAUCUCAAGCCCUUUGUUAAUGCUGGAGCAGUUGCUGAUGAAUAUGAAGAUAGACUGGAUCUCUACUGUGGUGCAGACUCUGAAGCAGCUUGUGAAUGAUCCAGACUCGACAUUUUCAACUGAAGACAUGGACAAAUUGCUUUGUAUUUACGCAGCGAAAGCUUUGGAUGUGCCAUUUUCAUUCAGAGAAAAACGAAUUGAUUCUGUGAAUCGAAAUCCAGAAAGCAGCAGCCAGUCAGCAGAACUAGAAACAGUAAUUUCAUCCUCACAAGCAGACCAGCUACCUCCUACACCCUUUGUUGGUACUCCUGAUAAAUGCCAAAGGCGAAAUAAGCCUUCCCCAGAGUUUAUACCUCCCGAAAAACCUCCAUCAAAAAUGCAGUGGAUUCCAGAUGACACUGAAGUUAUCUGCAUGGUGUGUAAGAAUGAGAGGUUCACUAUGUUUAAUCGCAGACAUCACUGUAGGCGAUGUGGUAGGCUGGUAUGCAGUUCCUGCUCGAUGAAGAAGAUGGUAGUGGAAGAAUGCAGAGAAAACCCAGCUCGUGUGUGUGAUCAGUGUCAUGAUUAUUUCUCUACAAAUGAUACCAAAACAGAGGAAGACAUGGAGCACAUGAAAGAAAAACAAGGUGAAGGCCGUGAUCUAUCAGAAGUCCUUAAAUUGUCUAAAGCUGCUGAUUUGCAGUGGUGUCUAACAUUAAAUGAAGCUGAAAAUGAGGUGGAGAGGAGAGAGUUUUACUAUGAACAGGCCCCAAGUGCUUCACUCUGCUCAGCCAUUCUUAGCUUGCACUCUAAGAGUGAUGAAUGUGGUUACCAGCUCAUUGAGCGCUGCUGUCUUUUAUCAAAGGAGUUGACUAACCCAGAGAUGGACAGUCGACUUCUUCUGGCCAUCAUGAAAAAUUUGCUCUUUAGUGCCAAGAUGUUUUUUGUCAAAGCUGCAAGAAGUCAUGACCUUGCCCUUUGUGACAGUUACAGCAGCAAGGUGGACUUACUGAAGAUUUUAGUGGCAGCAUCCUAUAAGGACAUCCCUUCUCUUCAUGAGAUUGUAAGACCUGCUGCAGUAGUAAGGCUGCGAAAUCAACUCUUGGAAGCGGAGUAUUAUAGUUUGGCCAUAGAGGUGUCUACAAAAACAGGGCUUGACACUUCGGGUACGUGGCAUGCUUGGGGUAUGGCGUGUCUUAAGUCUGACAAUUUGCCUGGCGCAAGAGAAAAAUUUAGUAGGUGUGCUAAAACUCCUUUGGAUCUGAACCAAAAGAAUGUUGGAUCUAAACUCCUAGAAGAUAUUAUUCAGCACCUGGAAUCUGCAGCCAAGCCAAUUCUGCUGGUGAAAGAUGAUGACUAUUUUGCCACAUUAAAAGAAUUGGAAUGUACUCUGAAGGCAAGAUGUCUUUGGUAUGAAAUGAUGCCAGAGGGAAAGAUACAAAAUAACAUGUAUUAUCGGGAGUGCCUGUAUUACUUGCACACAUAUGGCACAAACCUUGGAAUCAUACAGUUCUAUAUGAGACAUGAUCUAAUGAGAGAUGCUUUGGUUCAUUUAUUAAACAAGGAAUGCCCAGGAGAUAUUUUCAUUGAAGGUAUAUUUGUGCCAAGUUAUGAAAGUGGUAAAUUACAAAGCCUUGAAAACAUGUUAGAAUCUAUUGACCCUAGUCUGGAGAGUUGGAGCACUUACCUCAUUGAAGCCUGUAGACAUCUGCAAAAGAAAAAUUUCUACAACAUCCUGUAUGAAAUCCAACAGUUUAUGAAAGACCAUGUGCGUGCAGCGAUGACCUGCAUACGUUUUUUCUCUCACAAAGCUAAGACCUACCAUGAUUUGGGUGGUAAUCAGAAGUGGUUGGUAAAAUCCAAGGAGCACCUAAAAAUAUACUUGCAAGAGGUAUCCAGAAGCAACAGAAGAAAAUCGUUUGACACAUUUAGAAAAAAAAUGUCUGCAGCUGAUAUUUCCAGGCACAUUAAUACUAUUGAACUUCAGAUGGAGAUUACAAAAUUCCUGCAGAGGUGUGAGAAUUUGGAAAAAAGUCAAGACCAUCACAAACAACCUCCAACUCUUUUUGGACCUAAUAACAUGAAAAUAGAUGUGGCCUGUAGAGUUAUUUUAGGGGGCAAGAAUGUAAAUUUUGAUAAUGGGGACUUUGAUUCCUCCAGUUUUUUACAACUUUUGUUUUUGACAAUCUAGGACUUUCAGCUUGAUGCCUCCAUGGUGUACAGCAAAGUGUGUAAGCAGCUUGUACAUCAGCAGAAUUACUCGGAAAUCUUGCAACUUGUCAAGUGUGUUAGCGAGUCUGGUAUUGCAGCGGAAAAGGAUUGCGAUCAAAUAUUGCUAAGAUGUGUUGAAGAAAUGGCAGACUUGUCUUCAGAUGAACUUGAGAAGUUAAUCCAAGGAAUGAAAAGCGAUGAAGCCAAGAUCAAGGCAUUCUUGGCCUGUCGUAUGAUGAGAUCUGCCUACUUAACUGCAGUCAAACAAGAACAGGAAAAAGCUAUCCAGCUGGUACAGGAGGUUUGGCAAGUGGCACACAAGUUGAAUGACAGUGUGGUCCAAGGAAUCUGUUCCAAGUGGCUAGAUGAACACCCUCCACUUUCAAAGGAAGGACAGUAUCCCACAUCUCGUAAAUAAAAGUGGUAAUUUAGAAGAACUGAAGUGGGUUUUUUUUUUUAUUCCACUUUGCCGCAAUGAUCAAGAUU